AUGUCCACCCCCAAACCCACCCCCCUAAAACUCGGCAUCCUCGUCCCCUCCUCCAACACCGCCCUCGAACCGCUCACCACAUCCCUCCUCUCCUCCCACCCCCACAUAACCGCCCAUUUCUCCCGCUUCCCAGUCACCGAGAUCUCAUUAUCCCCUCACGCCCUGGCACAAUUCUCCUUAGUCAACGGGCCCAUCAUCGCCGCGGCGCGCCUCCUAGCCGACGCGCACGUCGACGCCAUCCUCUGGAGCGGCACCUCGGGCGGCUGGCUGGGCUUCAACGUCGACGAGAACCUGUGCAAGGCCAUCCAGGCGGCGACGGGCAUCAAGGCGACGACGAGCACGCUGGCGCUGAAUCGCGCGCUGCAGAAACUGGGGGUGAGCAGGUUGGGGCUGGUGACGCCGUACGUGGAUGGGGUGCAGGAGGCGAUUGUCAGGCGGUAUGAGAGCGCCGGGUAUGCGGUGGUGGAGAGCCAUUUGGGCAUCAGUGAGAAUUGGCGGAUUGCCGAGGUGGGGGAGGAGAGGAUGGAGAGGCAGAUGCGCGAGGUGGUGGUGGGGGAGGACGGGGAGGAGAAGAGGGUCCAGGCCGUCACGACGUUUUGUACGAAUCUGAAGGCGGCGCAUAUGGCGGAGAAGUGGGAGGCGGAGUUUGGGGUGCCGGUGUUGGAUACGGUGGCGACGGUGCUGUGGGAUGCGUUCAGACUGGUGGGGAGGGAGGAGGAUGCGAGGGCGAUUAAGGGGUGGGGGAGGAUGUUUCAGUUGUGA